CAACAGUAUACUAUUACGUAGAGCGACAUCUACCCAGACCACCAUCACCAUGCGGAACCUAAAAGCUUAAUAAUUGUCCUCCCAGACUGGGCCCAUCUGCGCCAGCCCUGCAGCUCUUGGCGGGCCUUUUCCCGUGCGGUGAUUGUGCCUCGUAAGCUCCCAAGGUCCCGAGCGAGAGCCAGAGCACGCCCGGCAUCGCAGGACACUAAUUAGGUGCGCCAAUGCCGGUGCGGCUGAACAGGAUCAGCCAUUCACUCAUCGAAUCUGGCGCACAGGACGGUGGCCAGUCUGCCUUGUGACCCCCCAGCAGCAUGCGGGCCCUGUCGCUCGAUUUUGUAUUAAGAGCUCUUGAUGCCCAGCUUUGUGAGCGCAGCAACCGCCUGCCCUUGACACUGUACACACGUAUGUAUAACCCGUAGCGAACAAGAUGUCGACUGAGCAUGAACACACCGAGGAUGGCGCGCAUGCCCAUGUUCUCAAGACGCCCCUCUGGAUGCUUGUCAUUCGUGGCUUCCAAAUCCUCAUCUCUCUGAUCAUUGUCGCCCUGGCAGGUCGUCUCAUGCACGAUGCCUACCUUGACGAAGAGGGCCUCGCGCUGGCGAUUUCCCUCAUCACCUGGGUCGUCGUUGCUUACGUCGUCCUCACCGAAAAGCUCCCUGCGCUGCACAAGGCCUACCACAUCAUCGCCGUCCUGGCCCUGGAAGGCUUCAUGGUGAUCAUGUGGCUCGCAACAUUUGCCGCCGUCGCCGCAGAGCGUGCUCGGUACGUCGUGAGAGUCCAGACGUAUGGAUGCUUCGACAACGGCAGCUUCCUGGACAGCAAGACCUGCCUCACCAGGAGGGACGACAACGUCCUCCUCUUCAAGAGUGGCGCGGCUAUGCUGGCUGCCAUCGCUGGCCUCGGCGCCCUCAUGUGGCUGCUUUUCAUUGCGACCUUUGCGUGGACCAUGGUCAUGUUCUUCCGUGGUCGCAAAGAGGGCCGGUUCCUGUUCAGCACUGGCACCACCAACGAGCACCAGAUGGAGAGCCAGCCGCACAUGCACCCGGCGGGCCAGCCAGAGAAGAUCGUCCAGUCGCCACUCCAGCCGCAGGCCCAGUACCCUCAACAACAGCCCGCGGGAUACUAUCAGCCUCAGCCUGGGAUGCAGCCGCAACACGAACAGUACGCCCAGCAGGCAUAUCAGCCCUCCUUGAGUUCGCAGGCCGUCAGCCCGCCACCGCAACAACCGCAAGGACCGUACCAGCCGCCGACACAUGAGCUGCAUGGCCAGCAACAACAGCCGUAUGGACAGUACCAGCAAUACCCGCCGCCUUCAGGCCAGCAGCAACCCGGGUAUCCGCAGCAGUCUCCUCCUCAGAAUUACACUCCUGCCAACGAACUGGAAGGUGGACAGCACGGGCAGCAUUACGAGAUGCCGUCGCCUCCUCCGGCCUCGCCCCCGCCAGCCCAGCAGCAUUAG